UGCAAUCAGUGCAUGUCCCUGACUGGCCACCACUGGAGAGCACCUUGAGACAGGAAAAGAAAGUGGCGGCUCCGGCGUGCGAGAGGAAGGCCAUGGUUUGUUCCUGUGGACCUGGAGGUUGUAUUCCAGCCUAUGAGAAGUGUACAUGAGAACAGGAUAAAUAUGGCUUUUAAGGGCGAGGACCACUUAGAUUCCCUUUCCUUCCCAGUUCAGCGCAUGCACCUAAUCCAGGUGGACUCUGUUCAGCGAUGGAUGGAAGACCUGAAGCUGAUGACAGACUGCGAAUGUAUGUGCAUUCUCCAGUCCAAGCCCAUCAGCAUUGAGAAGGAUGAGCAGAACGAACUCAUCCUCUCCUCACAGCACAGCACUUGUGAUAACUUGCAGCUCCUGCUGAAGAGAGCUUGGAUCAUCAGCACUGAGCUGACCAGGAUUGCUCAGAAACUGGAGAAGAACAGGUGGCAGAGGGUCCACAGCAUGACAGUGAGAGUCAACUGCCACGUGCACUCCAUGGUGAACGAGUACAACGCCUUCACCAGGAGCUCUUCAGAGGAAAUGCACCAGCUUGAAAAACUCUUAAUAGACAAGUGUUCAGAAUUUACAGCAUUCACAGAAAGGUGCUUACAGACUGAAGAUGAAGAGAUACUGAAGACGAUGAAAUCUUGUGUUAAUGAAACACUCACGACAGUUGCCCAAUAUUUUGGCCAGCUGAUAGAGUUGGUUUUAACACAAGAGGCACAGAACCUGCUGAGGCAGGUAGAGCUCUCGGGCAGUCUGUACGUCACGGAGUCGGCCAUCAGCAGUUUGUUCAGCCUUGCCCAGGAAGGAGCUCACCUCUGCCGCAUCAUAGCCAAGGAGGGAGGUGUCGUUGCUCUCUUUAAGAUCUGUCGCCAGGAUUGUUUCAGGUGCCUUUAUCCCCAGACCCUGAGAACGCUGGCAUCAAUUUGCUGUGUAGAGGAAGGGAUGCACCAGCUGGAAAAGGUGGAUGGGAUACUGUGCCUGGCUGACAUCCUCACUGACACCAGCCAUUCUGAAGCCACCCAUGCAGAAGCAGCAGCAGUAAUUGCCCAGAUCACAUCUCCACAUCUCACGUUCACUCAGCAUCUCAGCAGCUUUCUGGAAAAUAUGGAAGAAAUCGUGACAGCACUUGUCAAACUGUGCCAAGAAGCCUCCUCAGGUGAAGUUUUCCUGCUGGCUUCUGCAGCUCUUGCCAAUAUCACUUUCUUUGAUACCAUGGCUUGUGAAAUAUUGCUCCAGUUAAAUGCAAUGAAGAUUCUCCUAGCAGCGUGCUCAGACAAACACAUAGUGGAUACUCCCUAUUCCCGGGAUCAGGUGGUAACGAUAUUGGCAAACAUGUCUGUGUUGGAUCAGUGUGCUUCAGAAAUCAUUCAAGGAAAUGGUGUUCAACUUUUAAUGGAGAUGCUCUUUGAGAAAUCCUCCUCUGGAAAUCCAGCAGAAGCUGCAGCUUGUGAGCGAGUCCAGCAGAAAUCUGCGGUUACCCUGGCACGGCUCAGCCGAGAUCCCGAGGUGGCAGAGGCAGCCGUAAAACUCAGCUGUAUUCCUCGCCUGAUUAAACUUUGCAGAUCACCAACAGAAAGAAAUAACAGCGAUUCUGUUUUAGUGGCAUGUCUGGCAGCCCUGAGGAGACUGGCAGUAAUGAGUCCUGAUGGGCUGGAGGAUUCAGAUUUUCAGCAGCUGGUAAAGCCCAGACUCGUGGAUUCUUUUCUGCUAUGCACAAAUAUGGAAGAGAGCUUUGUAUAAAUGGGAGCCAAAAACCUUUGAACAAUAAUGGAGAUGAUAGGUACACAGUAAGAAAACACAUGUACAAUUUUAUUUUGGUUUAGUCCUAUUUUUAUUUAUGACUUAUUUAUUCUAAACCCAUGAACAUGGGGUUUGUCAGAGCAAAGGGACAGAAUAAGAAAACUUGUUACUGUGGUUUGCAAAAGUAAUUUUUAAUUUUAUUCUCCUGCCAAGA